UUUAUUAACCAAACAAACAAACAAUCAAUCAAACAAUAUAUAUUCGUUUAGAUAACAAUAUAAAGAAGGAAUUAAAAGCAAAAAAAUAAAUACUCUCAAAAUCCUAUUCAAUCAAGGAAUCGACUUAAUUUUAUUAAAAACAAGUUAAUAAAUACUAAAAAGGCAGACACCUCUAAAUAAUAUUUAAAGAUAUUUAUUUAUAUUCGUAUUUAUUAAAAUAGCUUCCUUUAGCAAGAAAUGAGUCACCAUUAUUGCAACAAACACUCUUAGUCACCUAUCAGAUAUAAAAAUACUAGCAGCUCUCAGAAGCAAUAGCCAAUUUUAUCUUCUUCUCAGAGCAAAGAGCCAGCUAGCAUAAACAUAAAGAUUGAUUACACUUCUCCUUUUAGCGAUAAUACAUAAAAAAGAGUACCUUAUCACUAGAGAGGAUAGCAAACAGAAUCAACACAUGCAGACUUAUCGCCAUUAUUACACUAGAAGCUUGCCUAAAUGCAAACACCAUCAGCCCCUUUUCAUUUCUAGAAUUACGUCUCAACAGAAGGCGUUCCCCUUCGUCCUCAAGAUAUCGACUAAAUGAAGCUGAGAUAGGAAAUUGCAGCUAGAGAACACGAAUUAAAGCUCCUAGCAUAGAUGGAUUAUUUAAUAGACUUAAUUAAAAAUCUUGAUCAAGAUCGUAAUGUUAACAUUGACUAAUAAAAAAUAGAAGAAAUUGAAAAGUUGAAAUCUGAUUAUUAAAGCAUCAAUGAAGAUAUUCAAAAUUUGAGUUUUAGCUAGAAUUUGCAAGCAUCUGAGGAUAAAGUAAAGAGGGCUUCUAUUCCAAAUGAAAAAUCUGAGCAUGCUCCUCAAAUUUACUAAAAUCCUUUUUUAUAUAAUUCAGUAGGUCAAUCUGAAAUUUAACCAAACUAGCAAAUUCUUCCAAAUGACAAUAAUUAGCAAGCUGAAGAUAACACUAAUUUGUAAAGAAGUGGAUAAAUUAAAUAAAAUUAACAAGGAUCACUCUAAAGCAGUUUGAAAUCUGGUAGUAAUGCUCAGAAUAUGGUCGCUUCUCAAAGAGAAAAUCCGUUGUAAUAGUCAAUAAGAAGCAAUAAAAGUACAGGAUAGUAAUAAGUAUUUUUAAAUGAUCCUAAUUUAUUAAAUUAAUAAGAUAUUCUUAAUAACCCUACUUCUCUUAUGGCUUCAACAUAAGAGUAAAAUUUCUAUCAAUAAAACAAUCCUAAUAAUACAGAACGCCAGUUGCAGAGUGGUUAAGGCGAAAUUCCUUUUGAUGCUGAUCAGUAAGGAAGAAACUCUAACAAUUAAUCAUAAAGAUAGUCUUUAUAAAACUCUAUUAGCUAAUCUAAAAAGAGUGACAUCCAAAAGGAUUUAUAAAGGUCAGGAGUGCUUAAUCGCUCUUAGUAAAUGGACAAAGACAUUGUUUCAUCUUUAAACCCUUAAAAUGUUGUUUAUGAUAAAAAUGAUUAGUAGCUCUACUACAGUAACUAGAGCAACUAUUCAUAAAAAGCUUAGCCCCAAUUUGUAUCUUCUUAACACUCGCUUUAGAAUCAAUAAGAAAAUUAAAACAGCUCCUCACAAGCUUAAUUAACUGGAUCUUACUCCCUGAAAGCUUCUUAGAAAAAACCUGCCUCUUUACAAUAACUUUACUAAUCAAAUCCUUAAUAAUAGCUUAAUCAGUCAAAUUAUUAAUCUUAUCAAUAACCAUCUCCAGCUUAGCAGAAACUAGAGCAAUCCAUCUAAACAAGUAUGCAAUUAAUCAACAGUAUCUAUAAGGCUCCUAAUUCAGCUUCUUAAGGAGAAAAAAGUUAGUUAGAAUAGCAACUUUAUUUGUAUGAAAAGCAGAUUAAAGAGCUCCUUGAUGAAAAUGAAUGUCUCAAGAAAAAUAUAGCUGACGCUUAAUUUAUUAAGAAGCCAUUGAUUUCUGCAGAAACUAAAGAUUUAUAUUCUAGCUUAAUGUCUAGAGGUUCGAGAUCUAGCAUCACAUAGCAACAACCUAUCACAAUUAAUAAAGAUCAGCCUGAAAGCUAGAUUAUUUAAGAAUUACAAGAAGCCUUAAGAGAGAAGGAGGGAGAUUUACAAAUUCUUAUCUAAAAUAUCACUUCGGAAAAAGAUCAAAACAAGUUCCUCCUUGAAGAAAAUGAAAUACUAAAAACUCGUCUGCAUAAUAUAGAAAGAGAAGCUAUAGAAAUGUAGCAAUAGAGAUAAAACAAUAAUUUAGACUAAGUUAAUUAAUAAGGCUUAGAAGCCUAUUCUUCAGUCGAAGGAAGCAAUUAUGAUUCAAAUAAACCCAAAGAAUAAAUAUAAGAUUAAGUCAGAAGAGACUCUGAGCUACUUGAGAUGCAGCAAAAGCAAUAGUACUACUCAAAAAGACUAAGCGAAUUGGAAUAAGAAUAAAAGGAGAGAAGUGUCAGUUAUCAAGAUGAAAUAGCAAGAUUAAACAAAUUGCUAAAAUCUGUCAAAGAUGAGCUAGGUUUCUAUCAAGCUUAGCAUAUUGAAUAUGUUAGUAGAUUCAAUUAGGAAAAGACUAAUAAAUUAGUUCGUCAUUAUGAUGAAUUACUUGAAAAUGAACAAAUUAAGAAUAUGUUUUCUAAGGACAUGCAAGAUUCCUUAGCUGCCACUGUUAAUGAAUAGGAAAAAUAAAUAGAGGAACUAUAAAAAUAAAUUUAAAACAUCAAAGAAGAAUAUGAAACCCGUGAAAAAUAACUUAUUGAAUUUAACGAAUAGCAAAAUGAAGGUUUAGUAUCCAAAAAUGUAGAGCUUGAAUAAGAUUUGAUAAGAGUUUAGAAUUAGGCUAGGGAAUAAGCAGAUUAGAUAGCUUAUUUGGAAUAAGAAGUUUAGCAGAUAAAGCAAAGAUACAUUGAAAUAGAAAUGAAGAAAGACAAUUUAAUCUUAGAAAAUAAUGAACUUAAGGAGAGAAUAGAUCAGCUUGAAGAAACCCGUAACUAAAAUCUUGAAAUUAAAGAAGAUGCAAUCAAGCACAUAACUGAGUUACAAGAGCUUCUUGAGUAAAAGAACUAAGAAAUUGAGAGAUUAAACUAACAAAGAGAUUUAAUCUAAGCUGAAUACGAUGAAUUACUUAAGAGUCUUACAGAAAUGGAAAAUAAUUUGCAAGUAGUUCAGCACAACUUCAGCCUCAGCAAAAAUUAACAUGAACAGUUAAAAAGAGAAACUCAAGAGCUAAAAUCAAUUUUAGUGCAAAAAGGUCCAGGUGAUGAAGAGCAUGACGAGAUCCAGCAAAGUAUUCAAGAACUCAAAAAAGAGCUCAACAUCUAAGACGAAGAAGAGUUAUAACAAGACGAUAAUAACAGAAAGAGAUCUCACCAUCAAAACUAAAAUGAUAUAAAUAAUUCUGUAUCAUCAAAGCACUCUCAUCGCUAUUCAUCUGCUCAUAGUAGUGCAAGAUUUAUGAAGGAGAGUCAGGGAGGAAAGAACUAUCAGUAAUAAAAUGAGUAAUAGUUAGAUAGUGUUUAAAAUGAACAAUAAGAAGAUCCUAUUCAUGGAUACAAUUAAAUGGAUUCAGGUGAACCACAACAAAAUAUUGAAGAAGAAAACUGUGAUGAUUGUGAUAUGUGUAUGCUUGAGGAACUUGUGAGAUAAAACGAAAAUCUCAAGAAAUAAUUGCUUCUUAAAGAAUAAGAAAUUAUUGAACUUAAGACUAAUCCUGCUUAUUAUAUGAAAUCGUAAGCCCAAUUUAGCUAAUUGGGUAAACUGUCAACAACUUCUGGUGGAAAGGGUUAGCUUUAUCUCGAAACAAAUGAUCAAGUCCUCAUGAAUAGAAAUUACGAAUCUCCAUUAUCUAGACAAGCAUAAAAUUAAAACAGUUUUGUUUCUCCAUAGCCAAUCAGAUCGCAAGUUGAAUAACAGUAUUAACAAUAGCAAAGAGGAUCUUUAUCAAAUUCAAAAUAACCUGAACAACAACUCUCAUCUUCAUAAAAGUAGUAAUUCUAAUAAUAACAACACUAAAGCAAUCAAUCUAACUAAUCUCAGUACCAAAGCUACUCUGUCCUUUAAUCAGAAAUCGAGCACCUAUAAAAGAUAUUUGAUUAAAAGUGCAAAGAGGUAGAUUCUUGGAAAAAAACUUACACACAAUUCUAUGAGUAGUGA